AUGAAGACGGAGCAGUUUGACUUUCUUAAAGAUGUAGUGAUAAAUAUACCGGAUCCGGUUGAACCGCAUGAAGGUGAAAAUUCAUCAAACGCAAAUAAGUCCGAUCCAAAUAGCAAGGGAUCAUCUAAAGCAGCAGCUUCAUCUUCAGCGCCAAAAACUCGACGAAGGAGAAGACGCAAGGAAGUCGAAGCUGACGGAGACGACUAG